AUGGUGAAGGAGCAAUAUUUGAAGAAUGGCAAGUUCUCAGUCCAGGGUUCUGAUUUCCUCUACAAGGAUUAUCGUCGGGUUUUCAUCGAUGAAGUAUAUGUAGAAAAUGCCCGUCUUCCAUGUCCCGUCGUUCAAAAUGGAUACACCACUGUAGGUCAUGCUGUAGGACUUUAUGUAGCAUGGCUAAAGGACUACAUUACGCCAGUUGGAGUAGAGUUGACGCAACGCCCCAAUAACCAAAUGCAGAAAAAGCAACCUGUGAGUGGAAAAGGACAAGUAUCUGAAGAAUUACUUGGUCCUCGAACACAGCCUCAAAAAAUACCAGAGAGACCAAGUAAAAAGGGUCGCUACGUUGCACCAAAAAGGACUUCAAUAAUCAACAACUUUUUUAAGUUACUCAACAUGUGGCCAAAAACAACAACAAUCCACUUUGAGGCCAGCAAUGAUUUAUUUGGGGUUGAAAACGACUCGAUAUGGCUUCCAACAAUUGACAUCAAGGAAUUGUGCCAAAUGGGAUUUUUAGGAGCCCAACCUAUUGCAAUCUGGUGCAAGUUUUUGAAGGAACGGUUGCUAGAUGUUAAUGGAUUAAGAAGACUAUAUGCAUUUUUAAAUCCUGGGGCCAUUGCCUCUGAUGCUGGGGAUUAUAAUGCCCGUUCUCGAGCACUGCGCAAACGUAUUCUUGAAAUUGAUAAUCCGGCUAAAUGGAUUAUUGCCCCCUAUAACAAUUAG